AUGGUGUCCAUCCUCACUGUUCUUCUGUGCCUCAGAAACUCUUCUCCAUGGCUGAGUCUGAGCCAGAAAGCCCGAGCACCUGCAGGGACCCUCCCCAAACCCAGCCUCUGGGCUGAGCCAGGCUCCGUGAUUACCUGGGAGAGCCCCAUGACCCUUUGGUGCCAGAGGACCCUGGAUACCCGUUACUAUCUCACCAAGGAAGGAAGCCCCAUGACCUGGUACCAACAGAGCCCACCAGAGCCCAGGAACAAGACCAACUUCUUCAUCCCAUCCAUGAGAGAGCACCAUGCAGGGAGAUACCACUGUCACUAUCUCAGCCCUGCAGGCUGGUCAGAGCGCAGCGAGCCCCUGGAGCUGGUGGUGACAGGAGCCCACAGAAAACCCACUCUCUCAGCCCUGCCGAGCCCUGUGGUGACCUCAGGAGAGAACGUGACCAUCCAGUGUAGCUCAAGGGUGGGAUUUCACAGGUUCAUUUUGAUUGAGGAAGGAGAAAACAAGCUCUCCUGGAUGCUGGACUCACAGGAACUCUCCAAGGGGUGUCCCUUGUCCCUGGCCCUGUUCCCUGUGGGUCAUGUGACUGCCAGUCACCGGUGGAUGUUCAGAUGCUAUGGGCAUUACACAAACAUCUCCUGGGUGUGGUCGGAACCCAGCGAUACCAUGGAGAUCCUGGUCUUAGGCGUGUCUAGGAAGCCCUCCCUCCUGACCCUGCAGGGCCCUGUCGUGGCCCCUGGGGAGAAGCUGACCCUGCAGUGUGGCUCUGAUGUCGGCUACGACAAAUUCACUCUGUACAAGGAGAGGGGACAUGACCUUGUCCAGGGCUCUGGCCGGCAGCCCCAGGCUGGGCUCUUCCAGGCCAACUUCACCCUGGGCCCUGUGAGGGGCUCCCACGGGGGCCAGUACAGAUGCUACGGUGCACACAACGUCUCCUCUGAGUGGUCGGCCCCCAGCGACCCCCUGAACAUCCUGAUCGCAGGACAGAUCCCUGACAGACCCUCCCUCUCGGUGCAGCUGGGCCGCACGGUGGCCUCAGGAGAGAACGUGACCCUGCUGUGUCAGUCACGGGAGCAGCUGGACACUUUCCUUCUGACCAAGGAGGGGGCAGCCCAUCACCCACUGCGUCUGAGAUCAGAGCACCAAGCUCAGCAGCACCAGGCUGAAUUCCCCAUGAGUCCUGUGACCUCAGCUUACGCAGGGACCUACAGGUGCUACAGCUCACGCAGAUUCUUCCCCUACCUGCUGUCUCACCCCAGUGACCCCCUGGAGCUCGUGGUCUCAGGGGUCCUGGGUGAUGUUGAUCUGCCCUGACCUCUGUGACCUCUUGGUCUACCAUCCCCAGCCUCACACCUUCAGGAUUACACAGUGGAGAAUCUCAUCCGCAUGGCUGUGGCUGGCUUGCCACCUGUCUGCACCGACAGCACCAUGUCACUCAUGGUCGUCAGCAUGGCGUGUGUUGGGUUCUUCUUGCUGCAGGGGCCCUGGUCACAUGUGGGUGGUCAGGACAAGCCCUUCCUCUCUGCCUGGCCCAGCACUGUGGUGUCUGAAGGACAACAUGUGACUCUUCAGUGUCGCUCUCGUCUUGGGUUUAACGAAUUCAGUCUGUCCAAAGAAGACGGGAUGCCUGUCCCUGAGCUCUACAACAGAAUAUUCCGGAACAGCUUUCUCAUGGGCCCUGUGACCCCAGCACAUGCAGGAACCUACAGAUGUUGCAGUUCACACCCACACUCCCCCACUGGGUGGUCGGCACCCAGCAACCCUGUGGUGAUCAUGGUCACAGGAGUCCACAGAAAACCUUCCCUCCUGGCCCACCCAGGUCCCCUGGUGAAAUCGGGAGAGACGGUCAUCCUGCAAUGUUGGUCAGAUGUCAGGUUUGAGCGCUUCCUUCUGCACAGAGAGGGGAUCACUGAGGACCCCUUGCGCCUCAUUGGACAGCUCCACGAUGCGGGUUCCCAGGUCAACUACUCCAUGGGUCCCAUGACACCUGCCCUUGCAGGGACCUACAGAUGCUUUGGUUCUGUCACUCACUUACCCUAUGAGUUGUCGGCUCCCAGUGACCCUCUGGACAUCGUGGUCAUAGGUCUAUAUGGGAAACCUUCUCUCUCAGCCCAGCCGGGCCCCACGGUUCAGGCAGGAGAGAAUGUGACCUUGUCCUGCAGCUCGCGGAGCUUGUUUGACAUUUACCAUCUAUCCAGGGAGGCGGAGGCCCGUGAACUUAGGCUCACUGCAGUGCUGAGGGUCAAUGGAACAUUCCAGGCCAACUUCCCUCUGGGCCCUGUGACCCACGGAGGGAGCUACAGAUGCUUCGGCUCUUUCCGUGCCCUGCCCCACGUGUGGUCACACCCGAGUGACCCACUGCCCGUUUCUGUCACAGGUAACCCCAGACACCUGCACGUUCUGAUUGGGACCUCAGUGGCCAUCAUCCUCCUCAUCCUCCUCCUCUUCUUUCUCCUUCAUCGCUGGUGCUCCAACAAAAAAAAUGCUGCUGUAAUGGACUAAGAGCCUGCAGGGAAAAGAACAGUGAAGAGGGAGGACUCUGAUGAACAAGACCCUCAGGAGGUGUCAUACGCAUAAUUGGAUCACUGCGUUUUCACACAGAGAAAAAUCACUCGCCCUUCUCAGAGGCCCAAGACACCCCCAACAGAUACCAGCAUGUACAUAGAACUUCCAAAUGCUGAGCCCAGAUCCAAGUUGUCUCCUGCCCAUGAGCACCACAGUCAGGCCUUGAUGGGAUCUUCUAGGGAGACAACAGCCCUGUCUCAAAAACAGGUUGCCAGCUCCUGUACCAGCAGCUGAAAUCUGAAGGCGUCAGUCUUCAUCUUAGGGCAUCGCUCUCCCUCACACCACGAAUCUGAACAUGCCUCUCUCUUGCUUACAAAUGUGUAAGGUCCCCACUGCCUGCUGGAGAGAAAACACACUCCUUUGCUUAGCCCACAAUUCUCCAUUUCACUUGACCCCUGCCCACCUCUCCAACCUAACUGGCUUACUUCCUAGUCUACUUGAGGCUGCAAUCACACUGAGGAACUCACAAUUCCAAACAUGCAAGAGGCUCCCUCUUAACACAGCACUUAGACACGUGCUGUUCCACCUCCCUUCAGACUAUCUUUCAGCCUUCUGCCAGCAGUAAAGCUUAUAAAUUUUUUAAAUAAUUUCAAUGUAGUUUUCCCGCCUUCAA